AAGAAGAAGUUCUUGUUCUUGGAGGUUCUUCGGGCUCUUUCAUUCUGCCUCGAAAACCUUCUCUGAGCCGACUUGUCAAAUUGAACAGACGAUUUUAACUCCUUGCUGUUCCCUUUGAUUUAGAAAGCUCAACUUUUAAAGCGAAGCCCAGUGUAACAGGAAGCUAACGCCUCCGGUUGGCAUUAGCUUUUGUUGGAGCUAAAAAACGAGUAGAAACAGCCUGAAAGAAUCGACUCUGAGAGUCAGCAAAGAUGUUUAACGUCCAAAUGUUGAGGUUUUCGGUGAACCAGAGACUGAAUGCUGCUGUUGAAGAGGUUUGUGAGCUGUUUGAAAGAACGAUAGCAGAGUACGAGGAGAAACUGAGACCAUCUAGAGAGGAAAACCAUCGACAGCAGAAACUACUGAAUGCUGUUUUCAACCCUGUAAUCCUGAUACAACGAGCAGACCUCAAUCAGCUGACGGCGAUGAAGGAAGAGGAGCAGCGGAAGAGGAGCCAGGAGAUUACGGAGCCUCCACCCAUUAAAGAAGAACAGGAAGAAUCAUGGAGAGGUCAGGAGAGAGUGCAGCUUCAGGAAGCAGAGGAGACAGAUAUCAACAUGUUCACAGUAAUUCCUGUAUGCCUGAAGAGUGAAGAAGAGGAUGGAGAGGGACCUCAGACCUCACAGCUUCAUGAAAACCAAAGUGAAGAGAACAGAGACACAGAGCGUGUGAUAAAAGAAGACAAUGAAGAGGACUUUGGAGGAUCAGAAGAUGGAGACUUUAAUCCUUACAUUCAUUCCCUGCCAGCUGCUGCUGAUAAGACUUCACACGGUUACACUAACAACAUUGCUGAUUGUGAGGAGUGUGAUGAACCUGAAGGUACUCUGCUAAGUGAUGUGAAACAUGAAACUGGAAACAUGUCAGUUGGUGCAUCUGGAUGUUCUGCAAACUUGUUUAAAAAACAACGGCAACCACCGAAGAUGGACGAUGUAGACAAACCAUACCUUUGUCUAGUUUGUGGUAAAAGAUUCCUGCGCAGAUUGGGUUUAAAACUACACAUGAUGCGUCAUGCAGAAGUAAAACCUUUCCACUGCUCCAUUUGUAAUAAAGGUUUUGUCAAGAGAUCAGAGAUGAUGAAUCACAUGAACCUCAACGCAGCAACUAAACCUUUCCAGUGUCUUGUUUGUUGUAGAAGAUUUACAGAACAGAGUGGUCUAGACGCUCACUCUGCUAGCCACACAACAGUAAACCCAUUCAAAUGUGCUGUUUGUGAUAAAAGCUUUGACAAGCGUUAUAAGUUGAAGCAACAUUCAGCUGUCCAUAUAGUAAAAGAACCAUUCAGUUGCUCAGUUUGUGGUCAUACUUUUGCUAAUGCUAAAGCUCUAAAAAAACACGCUCACACCCACACAGGGAGACCAUUCGGUUGCUUAGUUUGUGGUAAAAAAUUUGCUCAUUCCAGGAUCCUGCUGCAACAUGUUAGUACUCACAGAGGAAAUAAACCUUUCAGUUGCGCAGUUUGUGGUCAAAAUUAUGCUAAUUAUGAAAGUUUGAAACGACAUGCCCUUUGUCACGCAGCAGAGAAACAAUUCAGCUGCUCGAUUUGUGGUGACGCUUUUGAUGAAACUACUAAACUGGAACGACAUCUUCAGAAACACAAACACCAACGUUAUUUGCAGGGUGAGAAAAAAAAGUCCAGGAAAUGAAACCUUCAGGUGCUCAGCAAAUGUCAGUUUUGAUGCACAGGGUUUAAAGUCCAACCUGACUUUUAUCUGUAAACAGUUACUCAGAGAUUUUUGGGCUCUUGUUUGUUCAGCUAAUGUCGCAUGUGUUAAACUCUUAAUGUUACUUGAUCAGACUGUUUACAUUCUCAGAGGUAGACACAGAUGUGAUCUGAAAAUUGUGCUAGGCUUGCACCUUGAAGACUUGCCAAUUGUACCAUGAUAGCACAGUACAGAGCAGUGGUUCUCAACAUGUGGGACCCACCACAUGUUCCAUACCACGAAUGGUGACCCAAAUUUCUGAUGAAUUUGUUAAUUCUCUCGGAUUUGUUUAAUAAAAGAUCGUGCUGUUUGAACCCUUCAAAGAAAUGUGAUGGAACAAAGACACUGAAUAAAAUAAGACAUGAAGAAUUCUUGAAAGAAUUAAAGAAGAUUCCUGAAAGCUUCUGGCCAAAAAAAACCCCUGAUAAAAUACACAAAAAUGUAACUGAAAAUUCCCUAAAUCUUUAAAAAUUCCUGAAGUACAACUGGAGGAGAUUGCUGAAAGUUUCUCAGAAAAGUCCUGAAAGUCUCUUAUUCCUUGUGAAAUUGUCUUAAAAGUUUGAGGCGAAGUGCCCAAAGAAAACUCUCAAAAAAUGUAGGAAAACUCCUUAAAAAUUUUGGGAAAAAAUCAAGGAGAAAAAAUACUGAGUUUGGGUAAAUUCACAAUGAAAAUUCUUGAAUGAUUUAGGGUAAAAUGAGAGAAAUUUAAUCAUAUCUUCUGCUGUAAAAAGCUUGAUUAAUGGAACAAAAGCACUUAAAAGACACUAAGACAAACCCGCAACCCACUUUUGGGUCCCGACCCAACCAGUUGAGAACCGCUGGUUUAAAUAAUACUUUGGUGUAAACCUUUCUCUGUAGCUCGUUAUAGCUCGGCACUCAUCACCGGGACAGUUAUUAUUGAAUUUGCAGAUCUUCUGGUUUCUGUCCAGCCCUUUAUAUCUCCCAGUGACCUCAGGGAUCCUGGUGUUGUUCAGUCUAAAGUUACAGAUAGCUUGUAUAUACUUUUGGUUUCCAGAUACUUCUCCAGUUUAAUCUUUUGUUUAGAUUGUACAUAUAAAUUAGACGAUGUCACUCUUUUCAGUUCUCUUUGCCACGUGUGCAAAAACUGAUCUUUGGGCCUCUGUUGAACUGUCAGUUUAAUCCUGUUAAUGUUGUUAAACUGUUGAGAUCUAGAGGUUAGACAGACUACAGUCACUUAAUCUCUGCUUUCAUCCAUGCUGAUGCAUAAACAUCUUUAUCACAAAGGCUGAGCAGAUGCUUGUACGUUUACUAGACUGUUUCAUUUCUUUCUGAAGUGUAAUCCAGAAUGGGGAUCUCCUCAACUUAUUACAUGCUGUCAUUUUAACUUUUAGGAUCUGUUUUACAACCCCACAUCUCACAAGCUUACAACAUAACUGGUUUAACUAACUUGUCAAAUAGCUCUUGUGCAGCAUCUACAGGCAGAUCAGGUUUUCUACACUGACGGUGAACAUUGCAUGGGGAGCUCCCUUUAAAUGAAACAUUGUAAAUAAAAAUAACACCAAGAUGUUUAACAUGGUGUACAUUUAUAUGUUUUCUCCAUAGUAUAAAAACUUCAGUUUGCUGACGUCUGCUUUUUUGACAGUAGCCUUAUUUUUUCAGUUAACUUUUAAAUUCCAUUGGUGGUUUGUUGUAUAAAUGCUGAUUGUUUUGUCUGUGUACAUCAGUAUCAUAAGUUGGAUGUAGCUGAUUUACUAUGGGCUGACAUUAAUAAAGCAGAGGUUUUC